AUGGGGUUUCCGGAGCUCCUGGAGAAAACAGGGGGUAUGGGACGCUUUCAGAUUAUACACGUUAUACUGCUGUCCACCCCAAUUCUUAUGUUGGCAAGUCACAAUCUCAUGCAGAAUUUCACUGCUGCCAUCCCCAAACACCGAUGUCGUCUCAACGGUUCCUGGGAGGAAGGCAAUAUUACCGAGAGGUGGCUGCAGGCUUUUAUUCCUAUGGAGCCCACCGGAAAGCUCUCUAGUUGCUUGAGGUUCACCAGCCAACAGUUCCAGUUGCUUAAAGGCAACGCUACAGCCAACGUUAGUGAUAUAGAGACAGAGUCCUGUGUAGAUGGAUGGGUAUAUGAUCACAGUGAGUUUUCCUCCACCAUUAUAAUGAAGUGGGACCUCGUCUGUAAUCACCGCAGAAUGAGACAACUGGCUCAGUCCAUUUACAUGUCAGGGGUGCUGGUUGGAUCCAUUAUAUUUGGGAGUCUGUCCGACAAGUUUGGGCGAAGACCUCUGAACAUUUGGUCAAAUCUACAGAUGGCGGUAACAGGAGUCUGCGCAGCAUUCGCUCCUAGCUACAUCCUAUACUGCGUGUUCCGUUUCCUAACAGGAACUGCACUCUCCGGCAUUGUGCUCAAUUCCUACUCUUUAAUUGUAGAAUGGAUCCCAACACGGAAUCGCGCCUUCACCAGCACAAUGACUGGCUACUGUUACACUGUUGGGCAACUGGUCCUUGUGGGCUUGGCUUUCCUAAUCCGUGAUUGGUACUGGUUGCAGCUGGCGGCAUCUGUUCCUUUCUUUUUCUACUUUUUAUAUUCUUGGUGGAUCCCCGAGUCCGGCCGAUGGCUUGUUCUCUCCGGGAAAACCGACCAGGCUGUUAAGGAACUGAAAAAAGUUGCUAGGAUCAACAACAAGAAAGAGGAGGGUGACAGAUUAACCGCUGAGAUUGUCAAGUAUAAUAUGCAGAGGGAAAUCAAAGCUGCUAGAAAGACUACGUACACAGUCUUCGACCUCAUUAAAACCCCCACGAUUAGAGGUAUAUCAUUUUGUAUAUCAAUGACAUGGUUCUCAACCAGUUUUGGUUAUUAUGGACUUGCCAUGGACCUGCAGAAAUUUGGAGUGAGCAUCUUCCUAAUGCAGGUUAUUUUUGGGAUAGUUGACAUACCAGCCAAAUUUGUCUCCUACUUUGUCAUGACUUAUUUAGGACGUCGCGUCCUCCAAGCUGCAACGUUAAUACUGGCUGGGGCUGCAAUUCUGGCAAACAUAUUUGUGCCUAGCGACUUUCCAACAUGGAGGAUUGUGGUGAUUGUGUUUGGAAAAGGAUGUCUGGCUGCAUCGUUUAACUGUGUGUAUUUGUACACAGGGGAAAUAUACCCAACUGUAAUCAGACAGUCAGGUAUGGGACUAGGGACCAUGAUGGCACGACUGGGCGGCAUUAUCGCUCCUAUUACUCUGAUGACAGCUGAUUAUUACCAUCACCUCCCGCUCAUUAUUUAUGGGUGUUGUCCUAUCAUUUCGGGCAUUGCCGCCUGCUUCCUACCAGAGACACUUGGUGUUCCCCUUCCAGAAACUAUUGAGGAGGUGGAGAGGCCUCAUCAAGAAGAAGCAAAUGAGAAGCUGUCUUUAAAAGCGAUGAAAGAAUAA